AUGAAAAUUGCUGCAUUCAAUGUCCAGAGGUUUGGGCUAACUAAAGUCUCAAAUCAAGCCGUGCUCUCAACUCUGGUUAAGAUUGUGUCUCGAUAUGACAUCAUUGUGAUUCUAGAAGUGGUGGAUGUCAGUGGUGCAUCAAUUGAAAUUUUAGUAAAAGAACUUAAUAGAGUCAACACAAGCCAUCACUAUGCUCAGCAACUUAGUGGCCGACUGGGUAGAAACAGAUACAAGGAACAGUUCCUCUUUCUCUACAGGGAUGACGUGGUUGACCUUAUUGACUGCUAUCAAUAUGAAGACAACCAAGACUGUGAUGUGGAUGCUUUUUCUAGGGAACCCUAUAUUCUGCACUUCAAACCACUCAACACUGUGUUGCGAGAUAUGGUGCUAAUCCCAGUCCGGACCACACCAUGGGACACUGAAAAAGAGCUGGAUGAACUAUAUGAUGUCUUCCUGGCAGUCAAGGCCAAAUGGAAAACGGAUAACAUAAUGAUCCUCGGUGACUUCAAUGCAGAUGGAAAAUUUGUCACUCAAAAUGGAAUGAAUGCGCUUCGCAUUCGCAGCGACAAGAAUUUUCACUGGCUCAUUAGUGAUGAUAUGGACACAACUGCUGAUACAGCAAAUGUACACACAUAUGACAGGAUUGUUGUGUACGGAGAUGAAAUGAUGGCUGCCAUUGUUCCACAGUCAGCCAAACCAUUCAAUUUUCACAGAGAGUUUUCAAUGACAGAAGAAUUGGCAUUGCAAGUGAGUGACCGCUACCCUGUUGAACUGGAAUUGAUUAGCUCCCUUCCUUUCUGGAUGAGAAAUUUCAACCAAAGAGAGCAUCUGCAUGAUGAUGUGUUGAGAUUGCAGAAGGAAAACCUCUAUCUGGAGCGUGAAAAGCUUCAACUUCAGAUCGCUUUAUUAAAGCAUCGCCUUGCCACACUCAGAAGAAUGUGA